GAAUUGGCCCAUCAGCGCGGGGUUUACCUUCUUCUUCAACCUCGGUGCUGCAUCGCUCACUCUCCUUCGGUGCUGCAUCGCUCACUCUCCUUACGGUUUUUUUUCCUCAACAAUGAAGGUCAACGUAAUAUCCCGCUACACUGAUGAAUUCACUCGAGAACGAAGCCAAGACCUUCAGAGGGUAUUUCGGAACUUCGAUCCCAGUCUCCGUACGCAAGAGAAGGCGGUUGAGUAUGUACGUGCACUUAAUGCCGCGAAGAUGGACAGGAUGUUUGCAAAACCAUUCAUUGGAGCAAUGGAUGGGCAUUUAGACGCCGUUUCAUGUAUGACAAAGAAUCCUAAUCACUUGAAAGGGAUAUUUUCUGGUUCGAUGGAUGGAGAUAUUCGCCUCUGGGAUAUCGCUAACAGGCGAACUGUUUGUCAGUUUCCUGGACAUCAAGGUGCUGUUCGAGGCUUGACUGCAUCAGCUGAUGGACGCAUCCUGGUAUCAUGUGGGACAGAUUGCACUGUCAGGUUAUGGAAUGUCCCAAUUCCCACUCUGAAUUCAUAUGAGACUUCGAAUAAUUCAUCUGAGCCUCUAGCAGUUUAUGUCUGGAAGAAUGCUUUCUGGGCUGUUGAUCAUCAGUGGGAUGGAAAUCUUUUUGCUACAGCUGGUGCGCAAUUAGAUAUCUGGGAUCACAAAAGGUCUCAACCGGUGAGUAGUUUUGAGUGGGGAACAGACUCAGUUAUCUCUGUCCGUUUUAAUCCUGGAGAACCCAAUAUCCUGGCAACAUCAGCUAGUGAUCGAAGCAUUGCAUUGUAUGAUUUGCGCAUGUCAUCCCCAGCUAGGAAAAUAAUUAUGAGGACAAAGACAAAUUCUAUUUGUUGGAAUCCAAGGGAGCCAAUGAACUUCACUGCUGCAAAUGAAGACGGCAACUGUUAUAGCUACGAUUCUAGGAAACUAGACAAAGCAAAAUGUGUGCAUAGAGAUCAUGUAUCUGCAGUAAUGGAUAUUGAUUUUUCACCAAGUGGUCGAGAAUUUGUUACUGGCUCAUAUGAUAGAACAAUAAGAAUUUUUCCGUAUAAUGGGGGUCACAGCCGUGAGAUUUAUCAUACCAAAAGAAUGCAAAGGGUUUUCUGCGUCAGGUUCAGCUGUGAUGCAAGUUAUGUGAUAUCAGGGAGUGAUGACACCAACCUUCGGCUUUGGAAGGCUAAAGCAUCUGAACAAUUAGGAGUUCUUCUUCCGAGGGAGAAAAGAAAGCAUGAAUAUCAAGAGGCUGUUAAGAAUCGUUAUAAACACCUUCCUGAGGUUAAGCGUAUUGUGAGGCAUAGGCAUUUACCAAAACCGAUAUUCAAAGCUGCUGCUCUCCGGCGCACUAUUAUGGAUGCCGAGAGAAGGAAGGAAGAGAGGAGGAAAGCUCACAGCGCUCGUGGGAGCAUCUCGACUGUACCACUCAGCAGAAGAAGAAUCAUCAAAGAAGUUGAGUAAACUAACGUUGAACCAGGAAAAGAGGGUAUGUUGCUGGUUGCUUACACUUUCAAUAGCUCCUGAGAUUUUUCCAAGACCCCAUCUCAUAACUUCGAUCGACAGUAGAGUUGGGUGAGAGAAGGAACCAAAAUUUUGUCGUGGUGUUGUACAAAUUCUUGAUUGUCGAGAUUUUUCAGCUUGUUUAAACAUUCUAGCUUCAUGAAUCUGUUGAGGCUUGAUAUAUUUUAGUUAUAUUCAUCUUUUCA